CGCAGAUCAAUUAGAAAAUGCAUCAUAAUCCAUCAAUUAAUUAAUCUCGAAACGUCAUCCAAAUCUACAGGCACCGAAUGUCUUGAAUCCUUCAUCCUAACCCUCGGAAUAACCACAUCCCCGACGGCUCAACGUUUUCUCAGUCUGACAGGAUGUCGUGGUUUCAUUGGACACCAUCGUCCCGUGUCCCCAAAAGACGGUAGAUCUCAUGAUACGAUCGGACCACCAAACCACCCCAAUAUCCGACAGAGGGAGAACCCCCAUAUUCUGUAGGUACUCUUGGACGAAAGAUUAAUAUCUCCAUGCAUCCAUUAUCUACCCGUCAUAGUUACCAUUGACGUCCAAUUGACACAGCCUCAGUCGGAACAACUUAUCUCACCCGAUUGACAUCAAGAUGAGUCUGAACUGGAGUGGCUUUGAGGCUGUCAUGUUGGUUGGAAUACGCCAUAGUACGUCUGGAUAGGGGUCCAUGCGUAAUCUUUCAAUCUGUGUGACCUUUUUGCAGGUGUCUGAGUAUGGAUGUCUCUCCUGUCACAGGGUCCUCUGCGACCUGUCUCUCGUCCAGCCCAUUGUGCCAUAGAGUUGAUCAAAGAAAGGAAAACCAUCUGGUGGUAUCCGGGCCGUCCUCAUCCUUUUUUAUGUUAUCCUCAGUCCACCCGCCUACGUGGUUCCUUAGGCGAAGGACACAAUCGACAAAGCGUCGAUAUUCGGGCUCCACAAUGAGAAGCUGAUACCAAAAGCAUCCCCGACACAGGCAAGACACGCACAGCAAUAUCAGGAGGGCUCGGGGAGCAAAGCAGAAGGACAGGACAGGGCCAUAUCCCUGUCGACUUUUGACUUGCUGUGGCAGUGCAGCCUUCCCAGCUCCCAUUCGCUGUAGACGCCAACAGAAGGACAUGACAGGUUAGAACUGCGCUGAACCGGGGGCUCCAAGCUCCACUAGGCUGUCCUGCCGACGGGACCGCCCCUCCACUUCAUGGUGCGCGGUGGCUGCUGGCUGCAUCUCUUCUGCCCUCAUUUGCAUCUCAUCACAUCACAAUAGCACCAGAUUCUCCUUCACCGCACUUGCUCGAAACGGAGAAUCUCAGCAGUAACUACCAGCUUCUGCCCCCAAGUUCGAAAACUUGACCGUUUCGUGCUCAACCACGAUUUCGCCUCUCUUCGUUCUUCAACACGCGUCAUGGAAUUCUCUUCCUUAUAAUCUCUCUUCCUUCUCUGCUCUCUACUGUUGCUUCUCCUUUACUCAAAGCCAACCGUAUAGAGGCCCCCUGCCUCUGCGGCCAUGCUGCGAUUUUACUCACAUUUCAGGGUCCUCUCCAUACAUUCUCAAGGAACUUGUUGACAAACGACACGUGAAAAAAAUACAUAUCUCUUCCUCCUUUCCCCCCUUUCUCAAUCCAUCAUGCCUCCUCGACGCUCUCACAAAAAGUCUCGGGCGGGUUGUCGGAGGUGUAAGAAUAGGAAGAUAAAAUGCGACGAGGUUCACCCACGAUGUGGUAAUUGUGCCAAGCACGGCGUUCCUUGCGAUUUCAGCAACCCCGAUGUCCUCGAAGAACUUGCCAUAUCAACUAAUACCAGUACUGAGAGUGUCGGCGCACCUACUCCCUCGCCUGCGCCGACUGUGAACUUCAAUUCUGCUCCAAGAACGCCGCUACCACGCCCACGUGCCCCUUCAAGUCCAGCAAGAGCGCCGCGACCAAAUCCUUCCCCUCCCACUUCCGUCUACUCGCAACCUUCGAUAAGCUCGUCCACCAACACCAUAGACCAUGGCGAACGAAUGCUCGAGCUGCGUUUGAUGCAUCACUACACCAAUGUCACCUCCAAGACGCUCCUGACCAACUCGCCUGCCGCUGAGGAUAUCUGGCAGCGUGCCGUCCCACAGAUGGCCUUCUCUGGCAAUGGCAAGACGUACCUCGCCGACGCCAUCUUGUCUGUCGCAGCCCUCCAUCUACGCUCAAUGUCUCCGAAUGACAAAGCAUUGGUGCGCGCUUCACAUGCCUACUCGGCCUCCUCUCUUUCUGCAUUCGGGGCGUCGCUAGGCUCGGGCAUUACACCCGACAAUGCGGAGGCUCUGUUCCUCACAGCGACGCUAAUUGCUUUCCAAGCCAGUGCCUCUCGCAUCUUUGUCAAGGACGACGGGGAUUCUGCCCCUGGGGAUGCAACGAGUCGAUAUGUGCCCCCGCUCUCCUGGUUCCAUGCUUUUCAGGGCGUCAAGACCGUGGUCGCAAACUCGUGGCAAUGGAUCCAUCACAGCGACAUCGUCAAAGUUGUCAUUGAUUCGCAACCUGGUUUCCAACUGAACCUCAACCCGCGCUCGCCUGACUCAUUCUUCGGCCAUAUGCUAGAAGGGCUAAACGAUGAAUUGAUGAACGAAGAUCCUCGUUUGCUUUCAACGACCACUCAGGCUUACUCACAUGCCGUAAGCGUGCUUAACUGGGCGCAUAAAAACUAUCACGCAGCUGCCGCGCUCACAUUCCCUGCUACUGUUUCGAAGCGCUACGUUGAUCUUGUUGAUGCAAGACGUCCCCGUGCUCUCGCCAUCCUUGCUUGCUUCUUUGCAUUGCUGAAGCGAAUGGAUAAUGUAUGGUGGUUGCAAGAUGUGGCUCGUCGAGAGGUCAUGGGCCUGGUCAGCUUAUUCGAGCCCGGAUCUAAGUGGUGGCGGCACCUUGAGUGGCCAAUAAGGAUCGCUUUGUUGGACGGCAGCUCUAUACCACAAGACAUCUGGGGCACGGAGCUCGAAGAGCAAGCACCAGAGCAACAGACUGUUGGCUCCAUGACACAGCACAUUGAGAUAUUUGCUGAGAUGUUGCACCAGCAUGCACAGCCUCCUAUUCCCAUUGCAGACGAGGAUCUCAUCGUUCCUGACUCACCUGACUGAAGGGUCGUGGCAGCCAUGCACAGCCAUGAUGGCCCUAGGGCUUAGAGCUGGUCUCGCGGCCUUUUCAAUAUCUUGUUGGUAACCAGCUUCAGCAUGUCGCUGGUCAGCAAGAAAUGCUUUCCAUCUACAGUCGACAGAAGAGGACGGCCAACAUCACUCCACUUGAUGAUUCACGACCAUUUCCUCACAAUCGGAACCGGUGAUUGUACCAAGACGCAUCGAGACGAGAUGGUCCGAAUGAUCACUUGUGUAAGAGAUCACAUGGCACCUUACAGUCCGAUUACAUUCGCGGCGCGAUAAACUAUCGACGAGGGAAGAGCUUAAUGUUCGAGAUUCUUUGCCAGACACCCACAGGACUUGGCCAUUGUGUUGAUCAGCACAAUGGCAAGCCUAUCAUUGAUCACGACUUACGAGUUGAAAGGUUCAGCCAGGCACGGGAAACAGUACAAUUAGAUCGAACAAGCCCAAGCGAAGCUUGUGCUUAUGGUUUCAUUGCUCCAUAUUGCAUACCCAGCACAAGUGUCCAGGUCAUCGCUGGAAAGGGGAGCCUUCCACUUUGAUCUCGAUUUAAUUAGUAUAUAAUGACGUUACAAUAGAGAAAUGCGGUUCGGGGCUUUGAAUGUAGUCAUGCAUAUGAUAUCGUCCAGCGAGCGAUACUUGUAAUAAUUGGAACAUAUAAGGAGCGCUAGCCUUGCUUCAAGCAGUUGUAUUUAGACACUAUGGCUGACUUUCAAAGGAGAGAUGACAGCAUCGGGAUCACCAUGCCCAGAUAAAUGACAGCAAUAUCAGAAACCUCAAUUAGACAUACGACAGGGCCUGUCAUACUUAGGGAUGGAACCCAGUAAAUCAAUUAUUGACAUAGUCUUUACAAGACCUUUUCCUAGACGCCCAACUCCGAGCAUGCAAUGCCGCACAUCUACUAUUGCUUUAUCCUCUUGGACUCCUCCUCUUCAACGACAUCCACCGCAUCUUCGGCAUCCUUUCGACUUCGCUUCAGACCCUUCAUCUUGCGGAGCUGCAGCUCGCUGAGAUCCUGCUUGCCCAGAUGCACGCGACCAAUCUUGUCACCCAUAGAGUCGGUUGUGAUGUUCUUCUUGGUGCGCUCCUCGGUGCCGCGAGGCUUCUUCAUGGCCUCCUUGAGCAUCGACUCAUCGGGCUCCCUGACUCGGCCGACACGGAAAUCCAUGCGAGGACCGAUCUCCUCAACCUCAACACGGGGAAGACGCUGACCGGAUCGCUUGGUACUGAUGGUGUAGACUCGCAAGUGGAUGGCGGGCUUAACAUCACCGUCGCCAGUGCUAUCCUCUGCGCUAAUGGAGAUGAUGUACUGGAGACCCUCGACGUCAAUCUUGUCACUGGGCUCGCCCUUGAAGAAAUCAAGGAGCAUGCUCUUCGCAAGGGUGAACUCGUUGCUGACAGGGCUCUCAAAAGCAGUACCAGCGAACAGGAUCAUAGGCCGCAGACCAAUGGCGAAUUUCUUAGUCUUGAACUGAGCAAUAGAACGGAAGCUCUCCGGGUCGAGGUAGAGCUCAAGCAUGUCAAGGACCUUAUAACCGAAAGUGCGAACAAAAGUCAAGGUAUGGGGACGCUUCUUCUGGCUGCUACCGAAAACGAGGAGACUGGCGUCGUUCUUUUCGGAGAAAAACUCGAGCGAGGCGGCGUCGUCAAAGGGAUGGAUGGCGUUCUUCUUGGUGAACUUCUUAGCGAGAGGUUGGCGCAUCUGAUGAAGGUCGUUGAGGGCAUCCUGGAUGAUCUGAGAGCAUGUUGUUCCGCGGAGGAAGAGGCACGUCUUGGGAUUCUCGUUUGCCUUUGGUUCGCGCUUCUCGAGGGCUCGCUUUGAGCGCGCAUUGCGAGGUUUACUUCAUGAUUGUUAGUUUAUAGGACAAUAGUUGUAGUUGAGAGUCGGCUUGACAUACACUUGUCUGAGCAUCUUGUAAAUUGGGAAUAAUAGAUGUCCUUGAAAAGAUCGGUGGUGAGGCUUCAAGGUGGGAGGUUGGCUUGCAACCUUGGUAGAAUAGGAACGAGG